GUUUCCGCCUGCUACUCCUCCAGUAAACUUUACGAUCUUUCCCUGGUGCUGGGACACCGUCACUGUUCCUUUCAUCUACGACUCUCGCGGUGUAUACCUUCUGUAUAAUCCUGCUCCAGUAUUCGACCCGACAUCCGACAUUAAGCUCGAAAUCAAACCAUGCUUCCUCCUCGCGCAUACAUUUUCAUCGGUCUCAAUGCCGUCCGUGCUCUCAGCAUCAUUUCCAUGGUACUGGUAUUUGCCAGCAGCAUAUUUGUCAUGGCAAGGGAUGUAGAAGCCUUCAACGCCUUCAUGGCGUUGUCCGAUCACGCCAGCUUAGCCUGCGAAUACAUCCCAAAUAGCGACGUCCCCAACCAGCCAGCGGGCAUCUUUUGGGCGGUCAUCAACCGCAUCCUCAUUCUAUUCGAGGUCAUCAUGCUCAUACUCUCCGAGGUCGGCUGGCCCGCCGCCUUCUUCAACCACUUCUUCCCAGUGCUGGGGCGCGACUUCGGACUUGGUCCGCUAGGCAUUUUCCAAUGCCUCCUUGGCGCAAUGAUCCUCUCGCACCACGUUGACGACUUUACGCUCGUCGCCGCCUUCUUCCUCUUCGCGCUUGGCUGUGUCAAUAUGCUCCUCGGACUCGUCUUCCGUGAGAGUGCCAAAUGGCGCCGCUCCAUCCUCGCCUGGCGUGAGCAGGCGAAGAGCAUCCUGCCGAGCGCGGAAGACAUUCGCCCGCCGUUCGCGCGCCCGACAUCGACGUUCAUGUCAAACAUCUUCAAGCCGAAGGGCGAACAGGGACAGGCAGUGGACGAGUUUGGCAAGCGUGCGGGGUACGGUUUUGGGAGACAGGGCGAGAAGGCCGCUGGCCUUAAGGGCUUCUUAAUCUCUAAGCCCCUGGAGACGCUGCCUCGCUAUGCACCGUCAACGCAGCCGGAACGCCCGGCGAGCUCUCGCGUUGCUACGCCUGAACCUCGGUUCAAGUCCAGCAACACCGCCAUUUGAAUUUUAACGUGAUGCAUAUAGAUGUCACGACUAGCAAGACACGGAAGACACUGCCGUGGAUCGGACACUCGUCACUUACCGUGAAACCCCUUUUGAUUGUCUCACCAGUUCAUGUCUGCUUUACGCUCGUCCAUGUAGCUAUAGUUCGCCAAAUUACUGGCUGUAUCAUUGUACCGCGUACAAGGAAUUAAUGGGUCUUGUGUGGUCUCCCGCU